AGGAACUUGUCUGUUUUUUGUAUCCACUUGUUUCACUUUAGAUAUGAGAGCCUUUAUUUUGGUCGCCUUGUUCGUCGUUUUGGCUGUGGUUGUAACUGCAGAGGAUAUCGAGGAGAGACAUUUUUUGAAGCGAUGCAGAUCCGAUCGACAUUGUCGCAGAGGAGUUUGCUGUAAAGGAUUUUGCCGGAGAGCGUGUCCAAAGAGAUGCGAGUCUGAUGGUGAUUGUCAAAAGGGGCAGUGCUGUGGAGGUUUCUGCCGUAAAAAAUGUAUUAAGAGAUGCAAGUCUGAUGGUGACUGUAAAAAGGGGGAGUGCUGUGGAGGUUUCUGCCGUAAAAGAUGUAUUAAGCGAUGUAAAUCUGAAGACGAUUGCAAAGAAGGACAAUGCUGUUUGAAAUAUUUUUCACAUUUCCGAUCAGGAAUUUGCCAGGAUUAUAAACAAGAGGGGGAAAAAUGCUAUAAGAAAUCCAAUUUUCACUCCAUGAGGCGUAGUUGUGGUUGUGCUGAAGGCUUGCAAUGCGAAGUAAAAAAAGCGUUCUUCUUUGGCUUUGGCUACUCUCGUCCUGGAAAGUGUGUCAGUGAGGAAGGCUCUGGUGAGAUUGACGAUUAACUGAACAUCCCCAGCUUGCUAGUUUGUAUGUUCAUGCAA